AUGUUUACUAAACUUUUUAAAAUUUCUUUAAUAAUUUCUAUAAUCUUCAUUCAAUUUUCUUUGGUAGAAGCUGAUAAGAUUCAACUUUGUAGCUGUUCCGCCGCUGAACAGUGUGCUACUAAAGCUACUAAUCAUCUAAAUGGGACAUGUAAAGAGGAAUGUGCUCCUUUGUUAAAUGAGUAUAAAGACAAUGGGAAAACUAACUUAAUUGAAUUAACAAAUUGUUUUUGGAAAGAGGAGAAAGAUAAAGAAAGUGGAGCUCUUAAAAGGGGUGUUAAAUUAACAAAGUGUUUGAACAAAAGGAUCCAAAAUUAUUGUUCUAAUAACGAAACACUUUUUCUUACAUCUGCUCCCGACUACAAUAAAUGGUUAGAACAAGUAACUGGAAAUUCUUCAACUGAACAUUUACCACAUCAAGGAUCUUUCAUUCGCCGUGCGAGGGCAGCAUUUCUUAUUUUUCGAAAUUUCCAAAAAUGUAUGAACAAUUGCGCAAAACGUCAUUCUAUUGAAUGUUUUAAAAAAGAAGAAUGUGCAAUUUCACUUCCUCUUGACAAUUCAAAUGCUCUAAAAAUUUACAAUGAAUGCACAAAACAAAAUGCAAAUCGUGAUGCACACGAUUCGUGUCGCUGUCUUAUAAAAAAUUAUCGGGCUCGUCAACUUAUUGGAAUCUGUCCAUUAAUGGCUAACGCUCAUUUGAUGCGUAACAUGCCUUGA